AUGUGUGCACGAAGUUCGGAAGAUGUGGACAGCACUCCGUGGGCAUUAGCAGCUCUGCUGCAUUACCCCGAAAUUGUCAAGACUUUCAUAGACAAGUGCCAGGAAACCGGUAAAGAGUUCCUUAUUCUGCCAUCAGGUGCCUCAGUCUUAAGAGCCGUGAUACAAGGAGGGUCGCUGAACGAUUCUACGUUUGCGAAAAUAGUCCGGCAUGGCCAGCGUCGGUAUUCGAGAGCAGAGCAAACCAUAGACAUACUCAUGGAAUCUGGGGCUAAAGAUCAUCUUUCACGGCCUCCUGGAACAGCAUGUUGCUCGGCGGUAUUGGACGCAUCACUGUGCCAAAAUCAUAUUCUAGAAAUCUUGCAAAAGCAUGGGGCAAUGGACCAAAUUAAUGAGCUGGGUUACUUGAUCGAACCGGGAGAUUCGCAGUAUGAUACAGAUUUUGUUUCUCGACCGUUGUUUGUUGCAAUUCAAUAUGGCAAGCAUACCAAUGUUCAAAGACUUUUGAAUCACGGAGCCGACCCUCGUAUGGUCAUGAACCCUGAGAAUCCCGUCACGAUUCUUCAAGCGUGCGCAGAGUGUGGGUAUCAAAACCUGACACUGAUUGCAGAGUUUAUCGAGAGAGGAGUGAAUGUCGACGAUGGCCCACCUGGAUUUACCACCGCGCUUUGCAUGGCAGUCACCAACCGCAACUAUGUAUUAGCAGACUUUCUGCGUGAAAGAGGAGCAAAUGUAAAUGCGUUGGCUCAGCGAGGUCUGCUUGACAGAAGUGACUACCCAGCUACCGUUCUUAGCAGGAUGGUUGUCGAGAAUUCCCCAGGUUCCGUGUCUUGCAUUCAAUUUCUCUUUCGUCUUCGGCCUAAUUAUGAACGUGUCAAUUGCAUUGUCGAACCCGACUUGAAUCACACAAUCUUUCAUAGGAUCGCUUUGACUUAUGGGGAUGGUCAAGACAAGUUGGCAACACUGACGACGCUUGACCUUUGUGUGAGCUAUUUCGGCAAUCCAGAGACAGCGGAGUGGGAAGAAACUAGCGAUACCGUUCCAGUCGAUGUCCCGGAUAUCAACCAGCGUUCCUUUGCACCCCCGGAUCAUGCUAAGUCCGAAGCCGUUGAUCGCGGUGGAAACACUGCAUUGCACCUUGCGGUGCUUUCAGCCAAUCUUGAGGUUUUGCAGUAUCUCCUGACGUCUCUAAGAGGCGUGGAUACCACUAUCCGAAAUGAUGACGGGAUGACAGCUCUAGAAAUUGCAGAACAAGCUUAUCCGUCCUUUGAGUCUCAGUGGAAACCAAAACCGAUUCCUAGAAUUCGGAACCGACAGCUUCUCGAAGCUCAGGAACGCCGAAACGCGAUUGUUGACCUGCUGACGAGCCACGCUCCUCCAGCAGAAUGA